AUGGAAACCCAACCAGAUCGCCAGUCGGGCUCGACGCUCUACGAUAUCGUCAUCGUUGGGGCUGGGCCCGUAGGACUCAUGCUGUCGACUUGCUUGGCCAGAUGGGGUUACAAGAUCAAGCACAUCGACAAUCGAGCUGAGCCGACACCGACCGGAAGAGCGGACGGCAUUCAGCCUCGUUCCUUGGAUUUGCUCCGGAACAUGGGUCUCAAAUCAGCCAUCAUGGCCCACAAGCCAGCCAGAGUAUACGAAGUUGCGUUCUGGGAUCCCCCAAAGAAUGGCACUGGAAUCGCAAGAACGGGCACCUGGGCCAGUUGUCCGAGCUUCAUCGACGCCAGGUACCCCUUCACAACUCUGUUGCAUCAAGGCCACAUCGAGCGAGUCUUCAUCUCUGACCUCAACAAGAACGGCACCCAAAUCCAGCGACCAUGGACAAUCACGGGGUUCACCUCCAAUGAGGCAGAGAACCCAGAGUAUCCUGUCGAAGUCCACUUGGAGCACGUCGACGGUACUGCUCAUGAAACCGUGCGCGCCAAGUAUCUGUUUGGAGGCGAAGGCGCGCGUUCAUUCAUCAGAAACCAGUUGCAGAUUGGCAUAAAGCACAAGGACCCCAUCUCCCACGUAUGGGGCGUCAUGGACGGCAUGAAAUGCACCAUCCACAGCAAGCAUGGUUCUAUCAUGGUCAUCCCUCGAGAAGACAACAUGGUGCGACUCUAUAUCCAGAUUGCGUCCUCAACGGAUCCCGAUUUCGAUCCCAGAAAGACAGCUACAGAAGAAGAAGUUCAGGAAUCUGCGAAGCGAAUCCUCCAGCCGUACAGCAUCGAAUGGGAGAGGACUGAGUGGUAUUCAGUCUACCCCAUCGGCCAAGGCAUCUCGGACCGUUACACCUUGGAUCAUCGAGUUUUCCUAGGGGGUGAUGCUUGCCACACCCACAGCCCUAAGGCUGGCCAGGGCAUGAAUACAGCCUUUCUGGACGCCCAGAACCUGGCCUGGAAGAUUCAUGCCGUAGAGGCUGGCUUCGCCCAUCGGGAUAUUCUCAAGACUUACGAGACCGAGCGCAGAGACGUCGCCGAGACGCUGCUCAACUUUGACAACAAGUAUGCAGCACUGUUCUCGAAACGACCGCCGGCUGCCAGCGAAGUCGAGGCUGCUUCGGACAAGGCUAUUACCGACGGCUCAGACAACGAAUUCAUUCAGACCUUCAAGGAGUCUUGCGAAUUUACCAGUGGCUAUGGUGUAGCAUACAAGCCCAACUCUCUGAACUGGUCCGAAUCACACCCGGCGAAAUCACCUCUGAUUCACCGCGAAGGUACUAAGCUUCGCACGGGACGGCUCUUCAUGAAUGCCGACGUGACAAGAGUUGUCGAUGCCAAUGUUGUGCACCUGGAGCAAGAGGUCCCUUUGAACGGUUCAUUCCGUAUCUUCAUAUUUGCUGGCAAGCCUUCGGUCACGAAGGCUGCCCUGAAAGACUUCGCCAGCCACAUGAACAACAAGCGGUCGUUUUAUACCGCAUACCUCAGAGACGACGUUGACAGCGUCUCUCAUCACGAGAAGCACAACCCACACAGUCACUUCUUCACCAUUUGUACCAUAUUUGCAGCCAGCCGAAGCAGUAUCGAGAUUUCACGCGAUGUCCCGGACGUAAUCGGACGUUACCGUGAACACGUCUACGCAGACGACAGAUGGGACCGCCAUCACUUGGACGCCAAGGCAGCGGCCCACGCCAAGAUGGGGCUGGACGAGGAAAAGGGUGGUGUUGUUGUCGUGCGCCCAGACGGAUACGUAGGCAUGGUUGCGAAGUUGGUGGAGGGCAGCGGCACGGUCGACGCACUAAACGAGUACUUCAGCACCUUCUGCACGAAGAAGCUAGGAGAGACUCUUGCCCAGCUUUGA